AUGGGAAAUUUUAUCAAGAAUUAAGAAGUAAUUUAGAGAAAUUUAGAUGAAAGUAAAAGAAAAUAAUAAAAUUUCUAGUUGCACAGAGUUAAGUCUAAGAUUCUCCAAAUAUUUUGAUUAAGCAAUCUAAAAUAGGAAAUGUGGAAAUUAUUAAAUUGAACAUGUAAAUAAUCGAAGUCGAGUUAAUCUAUGAUUCAGUGGAUAAAAUCUAAGUGGAUUUAACAUACAGUAGCUAAGUAAAUUGUUCAUUAUCAUUCUACACCUUUAUAACAGAGAUCAAGGGGUCUAAAUCACAGAGGUUUAGUUUAUAAUAAUACUAUUUAGAUUUGAAAGAACCAUGUAAGAGAGCAUUAUUUAGAAGUUCAAAUGUCCCUAAGGUUUGAAUCAUCAAUUUCCUUCUAGAUUCGUUGAAUUUAUGAUUACAGAUUUGCUAAAAUUUAACAGAAUAAAGGCCACUCCUGAAAUUUCGCAUCACACUCUAAUAAUUGAGAUGGUAAACGCAUAUAUUUAUAUAGACAGAAAAGUCUUACAUCUAAAAGUUUUUAGUUAAUAUACUUUUAUAGGAUAGAUUGUAAUGAAUAGACUUUUAGAUGUGAAUUAAUUAACACUAAGCAAAUUAUAGUUUACAAAAGUCGUAUGUAUGAAAUUCACGAAUUGUAUGGGGUAAAAAACACUCCCUUUAAUCCAGAAUGGAAUCCGAACACGGUUGAGGAUAAGGAAUGCGUAAUAUGCUUUUGCAAUAUGAUAAACACUGUCCUAUUGCCAUGUAAACAUAUGUGCACUUGUUCAAUAUGUGCUGAUCAUAUACUAAUGAAUUAAAAAGUAAAAUAAUGCCCACUGUGUAGAAUUGAUAUUGAUAAUUAUUUAACAUUAGAAAUUAAAGAUAAAGUAAAGUAAGAUUUAUAAUUACGAUAAUUUUAAGAAGAGUAAUAGAAAUACUUAGAAGCUAUUAAGGAGAAAAAGGAUUAGCAAGCUAUCAAAUAAAGUACAAUAAUGGAAUAAUUAAAAUCUAAGGUUCAUUAGGAUUAAAUGUAAAAAUUAAAAUUGUUUAAUGACAUUGAUGAUUUUCAAAGAAAUAAUUAAAAUAUACAAGGUCUUUAUAAUAAUGAAAUCUGUAAUUCAAAUGAGGAAAAUUUAAGUGAUCGUGAUAACAACUAAAAUUAAAAUUCAUUUCAUGACAAAAUCAAGUAAUUUAGUGAAGAAGACAAUAACUUAAAGGCCAUGCAAUUUGGCGAGGAUGAUAAAUAGCGCUAUUCAUCGAACUAAAGAAUGAGUAGUUACGAUUUGAAAUAGGAAAGAGGAAUUAUAAGUAGUUUUUAGCAUUCUUAAGAAAAGUAAAAUGGUUAAUAAUAAUAACAAUCUGAUGAAAGUGAUAUUUCAUAAGAGUUUCCAUAAUUUUCAUCUUCAAAAUAAUAAUAAAAUUAAUAUUCAUUUGAUUAUUAAAAUUAUGAUGAUUAGUCUCAUUAUAAUUCUUAGUAAUAAUUAACAAACACAGAGAGGCAAUUUGUUUCAAAACAAACAUAAUAAAUUAAUUAGGGGACCGAUAAAGUACUUCCUACUAUUCCUGAAUAUUUUAAGGAAAGUUCCGAUUGUUUUUAAUUGAUUAUUAAUAAUGAUAAAGAUGAGAAUCUUAGAUAGAAUAAAACUGGAGUGUAAUAAAAUAAAUAUUUGGAUGAAUUUCCUUAAAUGUAUUCAUAGGAGUUAAACAAAUCUUAAUUAUCCUAGUAAUAAUAAUAAUAAUAAUAAUAAUAAUAAUAAUAAUAAUAAUAAUAAUAACAAUAAUAAUAAUUGUCACUUAAAUAAUUAAUGAAAUAAAAAAAUUAACAAGUAUAGUUUUGUUAAUUGUAAUAAAAUGAAUAUGAAUAAGAGGAUGUAUUAAUGAAUUAAUUUAUAAUAAAUGAUGUCUAUAAAGAAGCAGGAGAUGAUUUUUAACAAUUAUAUCAAUUUAAAAAUGAUUUUCCUUAAGAACAACUAAUUAAUAGCUAAGUUUUAAAAAAUGGAUAAUAGGAUGUUGUUGUUCAUAAUAAUAGCAUUUAGGAUGGGGGUGUGAAUUAAAACUAGGAAGAUAAUGAAGAUUGUGGAUUAGUUUAGAAAAAUGAUAAUUUAUAGUAAAUUAUUUAUGAAGAGAGGUCUUCAUAAAAUUAAUUACAACAAUAAAUUUAAGAGGAUAAGAAUUAAGCUUGUAAUUAAGAAUAAAAGAACGAAUAAAUUUCAUUAAUAGUUUUUGAUUGA